AUGGAAGAAUCGAAAGAGGCGCAGAGGUCUCUGGAAGAGCUGAUCAUCCAGGAGCUCAGUCCGCCUCGGCAGGCUGUGCUGGCAGACGAGUCGGCGUCUCGCGCGUCGUCCAUAAACCGCCAAAUAUACGGAAUCCUGCCACCGGGCAGUCGAACGCCCCAGACCACCGCCUCGUGGACCUCGCACGGCGCUGACUCGGACGCCUCCUUCAACUCGGCUGUUCAGCAGGAAGAGGCCAAGCUCCGGUGGGACGCCGAUGAAGAGCUCCAGCGCCUGUCGCGGACGCUGCUCCGCAUGCAGAAAUGGAGCCUCGUCGCGGGCCUGGCGAUCAUCAACGGCUCCCUCAUCUACGCCGCCAUCAAGUUCUGGCAGGUAUACUACCUCUUCAUCGUGCUGCUCAGCUCAAACACGACCCUCCAGGCCUUCAUGGUCCUCUGCAUCGUCGGCGUCUGCGUCUGGAACAAGGUGUUUUGCGCUCUCAGGAAGCGCAAGGAGACGGUGCCGGAGGAGCCCGAACGGAUGGUGCUGCUUCUGCCCUGCUACAACGAGACCCCCGAGGAGCUGUCCAAAUCCCUCGACUCGCUGAUCGACCAGGAGGGCAUCGAGCAGCACCCGCGGCUCAUCCUCAUCGUCGUCGACGGCAACGUGCGCGGGCCUGGCAUGGACAAGACGACCCAGCGCUACCUCCUCGAGGACAUCCUGGAACCAGGACCUUGCCGCGUCUUCCAAAACGGGUACCGCGCACGCGAUGGGCUCUUCAUGCCCGUCAAGGUGCAGACGGGCACCUACCGCGGGCUGCCGUACGUCUUGGUCGGCAAGAAGUACAACCAGGGCAAGCGCGACAGCCUGUGCUUCGCGCGGUCCUUCCUCUACCACUACCAGCAGCAGCAACAGCGGCGGCCGACCUCCUCCUUUGAAGCCACCAGUGCCAGCACCAGCGCCGGCGCCGGCGGCGUCGUCACCAUGUUCCACAACGACCUCUUCGCGCAUCUCGGCGCCGCGCUCGUCCGCCGCGGCCUCGCCACCGUCGACUACCUAGUCGGCAUGGAUGCCGACACCGUCUUUGACCGGCACUGCGUCUGGGAGAUGCUGCGCGAGAUGCGCACCAACCCGCGCCUCGUCGGCGUCUGCGGCCACGUCUGUGUCGACUUCGCCGCCCGCCCCUUUGGCCUCUGGUCGCUCUACCAGUCCGUCGAGUACUCGCAGACGCAAGGUUUGCGCCGCAUGUUCCAGUCGCGUGUCACGGGAAAGGUCAACUGUUUGCCGGGCUGCUGCCAGCUAAUCCGCAUCGACGAGGCGACGUUUGGCGACGAGGUGCUGCGGCGCCGCUUCGGAUACUGCCCGAAGCCAAACGACGUCAUGACGCGCCACAUCAUGGGGAACUACUCCGAGGACAGCAUCCACGCGAGCAUAAUCUUCAGCCUGUUCCCCAAGAAGCAGACGGCGCAGGCGCUGAGGGCCAAGGCCUUCACCAUCGUCCCGCAGACGUGGGGGGUAUUCUUGUCGCAGCGGAAGCGCUGGGCGCUGGGCAGCAUCUCCAACGAGUUCGUCAUGAUCUUCCGGCCAGGAAUCAUAUUGAUAGAGCGUUUGCAGAGCGUCGUGGCCGUGCUGACCUGGGCCAUCACGCCGUUCAUCGUCGCCGCGCUCGGCGAGAUGAUUAUGCUGUUCGUCAAGCACGGGAAGGAGGUCAUCCGGAACCCGGUCUUCCUGGCACUGUUCUCGCUGCUCUGGGUGCGCUAUUUGUAUUCAUUCUGCAUCGGCUUCUGGCUCCCGCGAAACAACAUCGAGCGAGCUCAAUACUUUGUCGGCUUCUUCAUCCACUUCUUCACCUCGCCGUUCAUGAACAUCAUCAUCCUCGUCUACUCGCUGGCGAACUCGGACGACUUCAAAUGGGGCAAGACGCGGGAAGUGGUGCAGGAGGGCGGGGAGGGGAAUACGGACGCGCAAGGGGGGCGAGGAACUCAUUAA